AUGGCCGCGACAACUUUCCAGUCAGAAGCACAAUGGCUGGCUCAAAUGACCGCCAUGAGGCACGCAAUUGCGGACCUGAAACUGCCUCUGCCGAACGAUGCCUCGCAAAUCUAUGGGUCUGACUUGGAUUUGGAUGAUGAGUCGAGCGAAGGGCCGGAAGAUGAUAUCUGGGAUGUUGAGAGCGACCUCGAUGAGAGCCCUGCAAGUGAUGAACUUAAUGACACUGCCAAUGGCCUCAGAACUCCGGAUCUUGUCCAAGAAGGUGUCUUUAAUCGGACAUGGCUGAAGAGGAAGUGCUCAAACUACUCGGCCACAAGAUCUGGCAUGAACGCCUCUGAUCUUGAACUUCAAAUCACUGCAUUGCUUGCCUCAGACAGCUCUGAUGAUGAGUUGCAAAUGUCAUUGGCCGACAUAAUUGGCUUUGAUGAUCUCGACUUUGUUAUUGAGCUCAUCUCUCAUCGCAAGUCCAUUUUGAGCGGUCCUACUGCUACCACCCGACAGACAGAUGGGUUAUUCGGUGGCCUUCAGACCCGUCAGGAACGAGAAUCCACGUUACAGCAACAGGAUCACGAACAUAAGCACGCAACGCUCGCCCCUGCUUAUGACAGAUCUGGUCCGAGGUAUCCUCAUGUCUACAAGUCUGAUGCAGCUGCGGCCGGCAACAUCCUCGAUUCGUCUGGGCGAAGAUUUGCAUUUCCCGUUGGCACCACCAGAUCUGAGCAUGCAAAAUAUGAGGAAUACUCAAUCCCUGCUGCAAAGGUUGGUUCACUAGCUGUGGGACAGAAAUUGGUUGCCAUCUCAGACAUGGAUGGUCUCUGUCAAAACACAUUCAAUGGUUACAAGAGCCUCAAUCGCAUGCAGAGCUUGUUAUACCCUGUUGCAUACACGACUUCGGAAAACAUGCUCAUUUGUGCACCUACUGGUGCUGGUAAGACAGAUGCUGCAAUGCUUACCAUUUUGCAUUGUAUCUCCAAGAAUGUCAUCCCGAAUCCUAUUGACGAGCCAGAUGCUAAAGAUUUCGUCAUCAUGACGGAUGAUUUCAAGAUCAUUUAUGUUGCUCCAAUGAAGGCCCUUGCAGCCGAAGUCACUGACAAAUUAGGACGCCGAUUGGCCUGGCUGGGAAUUCAAGUCAGAGAAUUGACUGGUGAUAUGCAGUUGACCAAGAAAGAGAUUGCUGCCACUCAAGUCAUCGUUACUACCCCCGAGAAAUGGGACGUCGUCACCAGAAAGAGCACUGGAGAUACCGAACUGGUGCAGAAAGUCCGACUCCUCAUCAUUGAUGAGGUCCAUAUGCUGCAUGAUGAACGUGGUGCAGUUAUUGAGUCUUUGGUGGCUAGGACUGAACGACAGGUUGAAAGCACCCAAUCUUUGAUCCGAAUCGUCGGACUUUCUGCAACACUUCCCAAUUAUGUCGAUGUUGCGGACUUUCUCAAGGUCAAUCGUAUGACCGGCCUUUUUUAUUUUGACGCCUCUUUCCGACCAGUUCCACUCGAACAACACUUCAUUGGUGUCAAAGGCAAACCUGGAAGCAAAACAUCACGUGAGAAUAUCGAUGCCACAACAUUCGAAAAGUUGAAAGAGCUUCUUCAACAGGACAAGCAAGUUAUGGUUUUCGUCCAUUCGAGAAAAGACACGGUUUUGACUGCUCGAACACUUUACUCCAUGGCAGUCGAUGACGGGUGUGCAGAGCUUUUCCAACCUGAGCCAGAUGACCCAGCCUAUCUGCGAGCUAUGUCUGACCUUAAGACAACUCGUGGUAGAGAGCUCCGAGAUAUUGUUCCAAAAGGUUUUGGCUGUCAUAAUGCCGGCAUGGCUCGCUCAGAUCGCAAUUUCGUGGAGAGAAUCUUUGCUGAAGGUGGUAUAAAAGUUCUUUGCUGUACUGCAACACUAGCAUGGGGUGUCAACUUGCCUGCUGCUGCUGUCGUGAUCAAGGGAACUCAAUUAUACAGCGCUGAAGCGGGCAAGUUCAUUGAUCUUGGGAUACUUGACGUCCUACAGAUCUUUGGUCGUGCUGGUCGCCCUCAAUUCCAAGACAGUGGCAUCGGCUUUAUCUGUACCACUCAAGACAAAUUACAGCACUAUUUGAGUGCCGUCACUCAGCAACAGCCUAUCGAGUCAAAAUUCUCUCAGAGACUUGUUGAUAAUUUGAAUGCAGAGAUCAGUCUCGGGACUGUAACAUCAGUUCCAGAAGCGAUCACCUGGCUGGGUUAUUCCUACCUCUUUGUCCGUAUGCGCCGCAACCCACAAGCUUACGGCAUCGAUUGGAAUGAGUACCAGGAUGACCCUCAAUUGGGCCAGCGAAGACGUAAGCUCAUUGUGGACGCCGCAAGAACCUUGCAUAGAAACCAGAUGAUCAUUUUCAAUGAACGUACAGAUGAGCUCCGUGCUAAAGAUGUGGGUCGUAUUGCAAGUCAAUUUUAUGUUCUUCACAGCAGUAUUGAAAUCUUCAAUACCAUGAUGCGCCCUCAAGCUAGUGAAGCAGACAUUCUCAAGAUGAUCAGCAUGAGUGGAGAGUUCGACAACAUUCAAUCAAGAGACAAUGAAGCACAGGAGCUCAACCGCUUGAGACAGGAGUCUGUUGUGACCGAGAUUGAAGAUCGAAAGACUGGCCCUCAAAGCUCACAAGACGAAAAGGAACAAAAGAUCAUUGAGAACCAUGCCAAAACCAAUAUUCUUCUUCAAUCAUACAUAUCCAGAGCGAAAUUGGAAGACUUUGCAUUAGUCUCAGAUUUGGCCUAUGUCGCACAAAAUGCAGCAAGAAUUUGCCGAGCCCUAUUUAUGAUCGCCCUUAACAGGGGCUGGGGAUACCAAUGUCAAGUCCUGCUAUCCAUGUGCAAAGCUAUCGAAAAGCAGAUUUGGCCCUUUGAGCACCCUUUUCAUCAAUUCGACCUUCCCAUGCCUGUCCUAAAGAAUCUUGACGAAAAGGCGCCUUCGUCAAACAUUGAAAGUUUACGAGAGAUGGAACCCGCGGAGAUCGGAAGUCUGGUACAUAACCAGAAAAUGGGCAACACAAUAUCAAGGCUACUUGAUAAUUUCCCCCUACUGACAGUUGAGGCUGAAAUUGCUCCUCUAAAUCGGGAUGUGCUGAGGAUGAAGCUGUUCCUAUACCCUGAAUUUGUCUGGAACGAUCGCCAUCAUGGUACAUCGGAAUCGUACUGGGUUUGGGUUGAGAACUCCGACAACUCGGAGAUCUAUCACCAUGACUACUUCAUUCUCAGCAGAAAGAAGAUGCAUGAUAAUCACGAACUCAAUUUCACCAUUCCGUUGGCUGAUCCUCUUCCGUCGCAAAUAUAUGUCCGAGUCAUCUCUGAUCGCUGGUUAGGAGCAGAAACAAUUCAGCCGGUUUCCUUUCAGCAUCUUAUUCGACCGGAUACCGAGAGUAUCUAUACUGAUCUUCUUGAUCUACAGCCGUUGCCGAUUUCGGCACUCAAGAAUUCACUGCUAGAGGAGUUGUAUGGUCAACGGUUCCAAUUUUUCAAUCCCAUGCAGACUCAAAUCUUCCACACUCUUUAUCACACAUCAAACAAUGUACUUUUGGGAUCUCCUACUGGAUCAGGCAAAACUGUAGCCGCAGAACUGGCCAUGUGGUGGGCUUUCAGAGAAAGACCAGGCAGUAAAGUGGUGUAUAUUGCACCAAUGAAGGCGCUUGUACGUGAAAGGGUACAAGAUUGGCGCAAGCGCCUUGUCGGGCCUAUGGGAUUGAAACUCGUUGAGUUGACCGGUGACAACACCCCUGACACUCGAACCAUACGUGAUGCAGAUAUCAUCAUCACCACCCCAGAGAAGUGGGACGGUAUUUCUAGAUCAUGGCAAACGAGAGGUUAUGUCCGCCAAGUGUCCUUGGUCAUCAUUGAUGAGAUCCAUCUGUUAGGCGGUGACCGGGGUCCUAUUCUGGAGAUUAUUGUUUCGCGGAUGAACUACAUUGCGGCCCAAGCUGAAGCUGGAUCUAUCCGUCUGGUAGGGAUGUCUACGGCUUGUGCUAAUGCGUCGGAUCUGGGCAACUGGCUAGGCGUCAAACCAGGCAAUAAUCAAGGUUUGUUCAAUUUCCGCCAUAGUGUUCGCCCAGUGCCGUUGGAGAUCUACAUUGAUGGGUUCCCAGAACAAAGAGGUUUCUGUCCUCUCAUGCAGAGCAUGAACCGACCAACCUAUCUCGCGAUAAAGAACCAUAGCCCAGAGAAGCCGGUCAUCGUUUUCGUUGCAUCUAGACGACAAACUCGUCUCACGGCCAAAGAUCUGAUCAAUUUCUGUGGAAUGGAGGAGGACCCGCGACGCUUCUUACAUUUCGACUCAGAGGAUGAUCUAGCGCAUACACUUUCAGCGGUCAAAGAUGAGGCUUUGAAGGAGGCAUUGAGUUUCGGUAUUGGAUUGCAUCAUGCUGGUUUGGUUGAAUCUGACAGAACCAUGUCCGAGCAAUUGUUUGCAGCAAAUAAGAUUCAGAUUCUCGUUGCUACGUCAACUCUAGCCUGGGGCGUUAACUUACCGGCUCACCUUGUGGUUGUCAAGGGUACACAGUUCUUCGAUGCCAAGAUCGAAGGCUACAAGGACAUGGAUUUGACUGACGUGUUGCAAAUGUUGGGUCGUGCUGGUCGACCGCAAUUCGACACCUCCGGAAUUGCACGAAUCUUUACUCAGGACGCUAAGAAGGCAUUCUACAAGCAUUUCCUACAUACAGGCUUCCCAGUCGAAAGCACACUUCACAAGGUCCUGGACAACCAUUUAGGAGCCGAAGUCUCCGCGGGAGUCAUUACCACCAAGCAGGAUGCGCUCGACUAUUUGACCUGGACAUUCUUUUUCCGUCGUUUGCACAAGAACCCGACCUACUAUGGACUUGAUAUAUCUGCAGAGGAUGAUAAAGAGAGCCACCUCGCCGCUCAACAGCUGGCUGCAGAAUACAUGAUCACCCUCGUCGACAAAUCGCUUGAUGAUCUGGCCGAGAGCGAUUGUGUCCUGGUACACAGUAACGGAGACGUUGACAGUACGCCGUUCGGCAAGAUCAUGUCGUACUACUACCUCUCUCAUUUGACGAUCCGCAAAUUCCUCUUUAAGGCUCGGAAGACCAUGAUCACCACGUUUGCCGACGCGUUGGCGUGGAUCAGCUCAGCAACCGAAUUCGAUGAUCUACCGGUUCGACACAACGAAGAUCUGAUAAACGCGGAGCUCGCAAAGAAUUUACCACUGGAUACAGUAGGACUCCUGGACGGCAUGCCCUUGUGGGAUCCACACGUGAAGGCCUUCCUCCUCAUUCAAGCAUUCAUGUCGAGAAUCGAUCUCCCUAUCAGCGACUAUGUAGGCGACCAGACCAGUGUCCUUGACCAAGGCAUCCGUAUUAUCCAGGCCGGCAUCGACGUCAUGACGGAGUUGAACAAAUAUGACGCGGUGGUCCAGAUGGUCAAGCUACUGCAGUGCAUCAAAUCAGCUCGCUGGCCCGAAGACUAUCCCCUCAGCAUCCUACCAGGCGUGAAUGAGAUCUUCGACCCAGCGCUUAUAGACAAAGUCCCCAGGGACCUUGUAACCACAGCUGUACUAGCUCAUCGACAUGGCCCUAAAACUAUGGACGGCCUCAUGAACGUCUUGGGCGUCAAAUCCGCCAGCACCAGAUCGCAAUUCCUCAAAGCAGUGAAUGCUCUCCCUGACCUCACCUUGACCGCCACCGGCAACACAGAAAACCUCCAACUGACCAUCAAACGAGGAAACCGGCUGAAUAACGCGGAAGCGCGCAUCUUCGCUCCCAAAUUCCCUAAACCGCAAACCGAAGGAUAUUUCGUGCUUGCAUUGCCUGCUAGUGCGACAGCCGAGGCGAGGAACCAGGAUGUCCUCGCUUUGAAGCGAGCUAAUUGGUCGACUACUAAGUCUGGUGGUGGCAAUAGGGUCACCGGUGUCAGUAACGUCAAGCUGAAGUUGCCGGUUUCUGGUGUGCUGGAGGGAGGCGAAGUGAAAGUUGACAUCAUUGUCUUCAGUGAUGCGUAUCCCGGGAUGGAGUGGAGAUUGGAGAAUGUCGCUGUUGCUGUUGCGAAGCCGAAGAUUGUGCAUGCGAUGGAGUUGAAAGGCGUUGUUGAUGAGAGUUUGUUGAAGAAGGGGAAGGAAAAGGAGAAGGAUACGAAAAGUCAAUAG